AUGGGAGGAAGCGAGGAGCUAGGAGGCAUGGGAGGAGGCGAGGAGCUAGGAGGCAUGGGAGGAGGCGAGGAGCUAGGAGGCAUGGGAGGAGGCGAGGAGCUAGGAGGCAUGGGAGGAGGCGAGGAGAUAGGAAGCAUGGGAGGGGGCGAGGAGGGAAGCGAGGAGCUAGGAGGCAUGGGAGGGGGCGAGGAGCUAGGAGGCAUGGGAGGAAGCGAGGAGCUAGGAGGCAUGGGAGGAAGAGAGGAGCUAGGAGGCAUGGGAGGAAGAGAGGAGCUAGGAGGCAUGGGAGGAGACGAGAAGCUAGGAGGCAUGAGAGGAAGAGAGGAGCUAGGAGGCAUGGGAGGAGGCGAGGAGCUAGGAAUCAUGGGAGGAGGCGAGGAGCUAGGAGGCAUGGGAGGAGGCGAGGAGCUAGGAGGCAUGGGAGGAGGCGAGGAGCUAGGAAGCAUGGGAGGAGGCGAGGAGCUAGGAGGCAUGGGAGGGGGCGAGGAGCUAGGAGGCAUGGGAGGAGGCGAGGAGCUAGGAAGCAUGGGAGGAGCUAGGAGGCAUGGGAGGAGGUGA